AGGAGGCGAACCACGAGGGAAAGGGGACUCACAAAGAGAGAGAGAGAGAGAGAGAGAGAAAGAACGAGCUGAACUCAGCAGCAUAUCAUCUGCUCCUGUGUACACUGCUCGGACAAGUUCUUCGAGGAGUUCUUAGAGUAACCUUGACGACCAAUAAAAAGUUUGAAGAGGCGAGAGAUAGAGUGUGUGUGUGUGUGUGUGAGAGAGAGAGAGUGAGAGUGUGUGUGUGAGAAAGAGAGAGGGGGAAAGAGGCGAGAGAGUGUGUGAGAGAGAGAGGGAGAGAGAGAGAGAGGGGGGAAUGAAGGACACGCUGAACUCAUGGAAGGACGGUCAGGCUGGGGGAGGAAGAAUGCCUUUCGCUUUUCGGAUUAGAAACGAGUGCUGCCGCUUGGCGCUGGCAGAAACGCUCAGCACCUAUGUGAUGAUGACGUUCGGCCUGGGCACGGUGGCGCAGGUGGUGACGGGGGACGGGCUGUUUGGACGUUACCUGAGCAUCAACCUGGGCUUCGGACUGGGAGUGGCCAUGGGAGUGCACAUCGCCGGAAAGGUCUCAGGGGCCCACAUGAACGCCGCCGUCUCCUUCACCAUGUGCCUGUUCGGCCGGCUCGCCUGGAGGAUGUUCCCCGUCUACGUCGCCGCGCAGAUGCUGGGCUCCUUCAUGGCGGCCGGCACCGUCUUCUCGCUGUACUACGAUGCCAUGCUGAAUUACUGCGGGGGCAACUUCACCGUCGCUGGCCCCCGGGCCACCGCUGGGAUCUUCGCCACCUACCCCGCCCCCUACCUGUCCAUACCUGGGGGCUUCCUGGACCAGGUGCUGGGGACGGCCAUGCUGCUCCUGUGCCUCAUGGCGCUGUCGGACCAGCGGAACCAGCCGGCGCGGGCGGGGUCCGAGCCCUUGGCGGUGGGCCUGCUGGUUCUGCUCCUCGGCGUCUCCAUGGGGAGCAACAGCGGCUACGCCAUCAACCCGUCCCGCGACCUGCCCCCCCGAAUAUUCACCGCCCUGGCCGGCUGGGGCCCGGAGGUCUUCAGUGCAGGGCAGAACUGGUGGUGGGUGCCCCUGCUGGCGCCCCUGAUUGGCGGUGUACUGGGGGCCGGGAUCUACAAGCUGUUCGUGGAGCUGCAUCACCCCGCCCCUCCCCGGAUCUAUGGGGCCCAGCCCAGGGAGGCGGAGCUUGAGAAGAGCGCCACGUCAGAGCUGUGCGUGUGAGCCAGGCCCAGCCCCGCCCCCCGCCUGGAAGUGUGGGCGGAGCCAGGAGAGGAAACAUGAGCAGAGCAAGGAGAGGAAACAUGGGAGGAGCCCAGAUAUAAUAUGUGGGCAGGGGCAGGACAUGACGUGUGGGCGGGGCCAGGACAUGCUAUGUGGGCGGAGCCAGGAGGUGCAGGCUCCGCCCCCUCGUGUGUGAUUGCUGCAUUGCUUGCUUCGUGAGACUGCGCUACCACCGUCUGCGUCUGCGCAGUGACUGCGAUGCAGACGCAGGGAGGCUGUGUGGGGCGGCGGUCGUGGUGGUUGCAACCUUUCACUGAAGCUCCUGCACUCUGCCAAACCCCCUCCUCUAAAACCCCCCCGCUCAACUUAGCCCGGCUCAGUGCCUGUAAGACCCUAUAGUUAGACAAAAAAAACUGGAAGUUUUUAUAAUAAAUAACUAUCAAAUGAAGGAGGUAGAGAAGGAUGGACAGUGGUGGCAAAACUUCUGCACACUAACAGUUUCCUGGAAGGCAUGGCUUUGAUCGUAGACUUAAUUUGGAAUUUCUGUGCCCCCUGGAAAACAUCUGUGCCUCCAUUCAGUGUUCCGUUAAACUGGGUUCGGUGUGGGUUCACUCUGGCGUUUAUACGGCAGACAGAUGCAAAUGUGUGCAGUGUGACGCAAAGCAGGGCUUAUAACUUAUGAACUUCUAACAUGGGCUAAACUCCCUAAUGGGAAGACUAACACGUGCCUCUUUCUGCCUGGAAGGUGAGAAGGGUGUGCAGUGUGGGGAUUGGCCAGUGAUGAAAAGUGAUGUCACAGUUAGCCUCCUAUGAGAGGAGCGUGUCCAAGAGAGAGAGAGAGAGAGAGAGAGGCCUUCACUCAGACUGCAGUGAGAAACCGCAUUUAAUUAGUGCACAGAGCAUUCCAUACAGGAAACAUGCCAGGGAAGACUGAAAUAAAUACAUUGUGUAGUAAAUACAGGACGACUUCUGUGUGAGGGAGGGCCUGGCUUUGCCAAAGAAAACACAGGCAUGCAGACACACACAGGUAAACACACAUACAUGUGCACGCACAGACAUGCACACACCCACACACAUGCACACACAUACACAGUCACCCACACCGACACUACAUUAGGUACCCUGAAGAAGCCUCUACACACAAGCACGUGCACACACACGCUCACACACAUACACAGCUGCCAAAACCAACAGGGGGAGCAGCCUUGGCAGGGCUGCUCUCAGCUCUUAUUGGAGUUCAUUACAGAAAAAGGGGCGGAGCCUGGACGGGAGGGCAGGUCUGGGGGCGGGGUGUGAAAGCCCUUUGAGUUUCUCUCACUCAGGAACCGGCCCACCGAGGGGGGGGUCCCCUCACCGCCGGGUCCCGCUCAGUCUGGCCGAACCCCCGUGUGCCUUUGGGGUGCCCCCGCCCCCUCCAGGCUGGGCGGGGGACUUCUUCUUGGGCGCGGGGGGCUUGACCUUUCCCCGAAACGCCCUGCUGAGGUCCAGCCUGUUGACGAUGGGAUCCCCGUUGGAGUCCACGUGGGCGUCGCCGUGGGCCGUGAGCGGGCGAUAGAGACACGCCCACUGCUGCGAGGAGACAGAACAGCUCUGACUCGCAGGUGCUCUGACUCCCUGUACACCUGGAUGCUCUGAUUCCCUGUACACCAGGACGCUCUGACUCCCUGUACACCUGGAUGCUGUGACUCCCUGUACACCUGGAUGCUGUGACUCUGUACACCUGGAUGCUGUGACUCUCUGUACACCUGGAUACUGUGACUCUCUGUACACCUGGAUACUGUGACUCUCUGUACACCUGGAUACUGUGACUCUCUGUACACCUGGAUGCUGUGACUCCCUGUACACCUGGAUGCUGUGACUCUCUGUACACCUGGAUGUUCUGACUCUGUACACCUGGAUGCUGUGACUCCCUGUACACCUGGAUGCUAUGACUCUCUGUACACCUGGAUGCUGUGACUACCUGGAUUAUCUGAGCCUUCACCUCCUGUGGCUGUCAACAUACUGAACUCUUUAUAAUUAAAUAAAAAAUUAGCUGAACAGAAAAUUA